AUGGAGUAUUUGUUUGAUACAAAGAUUUUAAUUGGUUUUGGAGUUGGUGUUCUAACAGCUUCUUUAUACCUAAUCCCUACACUAAAGGAACAACCUCAAGAAAAUGCAUAAAACUCUAAAAUGAAAUUAUCGACUAAAUCAUUACCAUCAACACAGGAUCUCAAACAAGUAUAUAUAAAAAAGAAUGAAAAACAAUAAAGUCAGACAAAUUCCACCUCAAAUGAUGGAAAAAAGAAGAAUUAGAACGCUGCUAAGACAGAGGCCAAUUAAUAAGAUUUUUAUUUUAACUUAGAUGAUGGUAUUAGGAAAAAAAGAAAAUUGUAGGAGGCUGAUGAUGAAUCAUCCCCAAGGGAUCAGUAAUCUUCUUAGAAAUUUAGUGAUAAUCAAGGGUCCUAAAACUUUAUUUAAUAAAAUAACAUUAUAAAUUAGAAAGAAACUGAUUAAUUUUCUAAAAAAGAAUUAGGAGAUUCUGAAUCUUCAGGCAAAUAAGAAAAUGAAUAGCCUCAAGAAAAACUUAAAGAGAUUGAUGAUUAAUUAGAUCCAAAGAUUUCAGAUCAAAGUGGAGAAUAAUAGCAGGAAAAAUAACAGUGA